AUGAAACUCGAUACAGCUAUUUUCAAGAUUGCGAUUUUGUCAUGGACAUUUGCCGAUGUUUCGAGUACUCCUGUUUUUGGUGCAGAUGCGAGCGAUUCUGAUCAAGUCUCGACAACUCUUGCCUCAUCAACUAGUCUUCCUACUCCUGAAUUUACUCAACAUUCCAGUAGCACUCAACCUCGUACUGAUCAAUACGGACAUGACGAGGACUACUAUAACGAUUGGUGA